GUUCAGGAGUGCGGCAGGAGAGGAGCUCACUGGCCACUCGGGAGGCGGGUCGGGUGGUUACCUGGAGCACGUCUACACGUACGCAGCCAAGGAACUCUUUGGCAUUGAAGUGGACGCGAUUCAGUACAAACCUUUAAAAAACAAGGACUUCCAGGAGGUGACACUGGAGAAGGAUGGAGUUGUCCUGCUCCAGUUUGCUUUGGCGUAUGGCUUUCGGAACAUCCAGAACUUGGUGCAAAAGCUGAAACGAGGGAAGUCGCCCUAUCACUACGUGGAGGUCAUGGCCUGCCCGUCAGGCUGUUUAAACGGCGGGGGUCAGAUCAAACCGGAGGGCGAAUCCAGCAAGGACCAGCUUCAGCAAGUUGAGAGGCUGUAUGAGUCUCUGCAGACCGAAAUUCCCGAGAAGAACCCGACUAUAAACGAACUGUACGAGCAGUGGCUGGGCGAGUCGGCCGCGGCCGCGAAAGCCCUGCGCACGCAGUACCACGCGGUGGAGAAGGCGGGUGCCAGGUUCAACAUCAAGUGGUGA